AUGAGAAUCCCGACGAGCGCUCUGUGCCUGAUAAUUCUGGCGAGUGGGUUAUCGUCAGUGGUAUGCGACAAGCAAUUGUUGCCGGAGCUAUCGUUCAUCCUAUCAGGCCACAGCUUGGAAUGGCCAAGCGAGGACACGAAGAACAUCUACGAGACGAGCGGACGUUACAUUGCCAGAAAUGUUAUUGCUACGAGAGCGCAGAUUUACAAGGACGAUGCAAUCGUAGCGAUGCCACGCUACAAGCCGGGUGUGCCAUUCACUCUGGGUGUUAUGUCGUUGAAGAAGAAGGAUUGCACUCCGAAGGUGAUAGCAUUCCCCUGCUGGGCGAUCCAAGAAGAGGGCAACUGCAAAGCCCUGCAGAGCGUAGUAGACAUAAUUCUGGACAUUCAAGAGAUCUUGUGGGUAUUGGACGUUGGUAUCGUAAAUACUUUGGAGCAACCAGUGCGCAGGUGUCCUCCCAAAGUCGUCGGAAUUGAUGUAAAAUCCGGCAAGGUUGUAAAAGUGAUCAAUUUGAGUUACUUGGUGAACGAAUUGUCUCGUCUGCAAUAUUUGACAAUCGAUUAUGCGGACGAUGGCCAGGUAUACGUGUACGUGACCGACGCAGCCUCUAGAUCCAUUAUCGUUUACAAUGUCACCGCGGAUAAAGGAUUCCGAGUGAUCCUUCCGAAUGCAGUUACCACCGGUGUCCAACGGAGAGAUGUUCUCUACUCAACGCUGGUGAAGAAGAGCUGCGGUACGCCAGUGUUGUAUUUCACUUAUCUGGGAUCCAACAGGCUCUUCGCGAUCAAGGCUGAGAACCUGAGACGUGGUCUCUCUCAAGGAUCAGUUAUAGAUAUUGGAUCGAAGCAAAGCAAGAUCGUUCUCCUCGGAAACGACAAUGGCUGCGCUCUUUUCUUCAGGAAUAAGGGCGAAACUGAUGUCUACAUGUGGAACACUGAGACACCCUUCAUACCGGAAAAUUUCCUCCUAGUACAGAAGGGCAACGAUUGCCGAUUGCCAACUCAAGUGGUUCCUUCCAAUAAGAGAUUGAUGUGGGUAAUCGAGAGCAAUUUCCAGGAUUAUAUACAGAACACCGUGAGCAGCUCGGGUGCUUCCGUGGGAAUUCAUCCCCUGGUUAAGUCUUGCGACGACUAG